GCGGCAAAGGGCGGGGCGUGCCGCAGGGACUUCCCCUGGGCUGAGCUGCGCAGCGGGAUUUUGGCCAAAUUGGGCGAGGGUACAAUAUUACCACUUACCCCUUCUCACCGAGGAAGAGCGGGAGAAAGGGUAUGGCACAGUCACAAAGCUGGGUGAGAAGAUGCUUCAAGGCCUUUUGCAAAGGCUUCUUUGUGGCGGUGCCUGUGGCAGUCACUUUCUUGGAUCGCGUGGCCUGUGUGGCUCGGGUGGAAGGAUCGUCGAUGCAGCCUUCUUUGAAUCCUGGGGGAAGCCAGUCCUCAGAUGUGGUACUUUUGAACCACUGGAAAGUGAGAAAUUUUGAAGUACAGCGUGGUGACAUUGUGUCAUUGGUGUCUCCUAAAAACCCAGAACAGAAAAUCAUUAAGAGAGUGAUCGCUCUUGAAGGAGAUAUUGUAAGAACCAUUGGACACAAAAACCGGUUGGUCAAAGUCCCCCGUGGUCACAUGUGGGUUGAAGGAGAUCAUCAUGGACACAGUUUCGAUAGUAAUUCUUUUGGACCGGUUUCUCUGGGACUCCUGCAUGCCCAUGCCACACAUAUUUUGUGGCCUCCAGAGCGCUGGCAAAGACUGGAAUCUGUUCUUCCUCCAGAACGCUCUCCACUCCAUAUUGGUGAGAAAUAACUGCACAAGAGCCCACCAUAGGAGGAGCUGAACACACCAGAUGCCUCCUCCUGGAGGGAGAUGGUCCAGUGAUGCUGAGCAAGAGACCUCUGUAUGUCUUUAAGGUUGUCUGGAAUUUCCAUAUUAAACAGUAUUAAAUGAUUCUUGGUUGUGUGUUGUAUUUAAUUCCAUAUUGCUUAUCAUCAAAAAUUUCCAGUUCCUGGAGAACAUGAAAGCAUGCUAUCUGUACAUAUUAAAGAAGAUAAAUAGAGAAUGCUAUGCAUAGUUAUCAAUGAGAAUUUUUCCAUGAAGCCUGAUGCUCAAAGAAUUUUAAAAUUAAUGUACAGUGAGGAUGAUUUGUCUUUUACUAUUAAGACUGAAUGAGGAAAACGAAGUAUUAUGCACAUAAGAUAGUGAUUAUAUUAUAAGUGAAGGUAUCCACAGAAUAGUGACUGCCAGUUAGGAAGGACCAGAAACUGUGAUGUCAAAUAAAACAACCAUUUGUCCA